GUCGUUUUACGGUGAAAAACCAAAGAAUCAAAAGGGUCGUACUGGUGUAUAUGUAAAUUGUCGAGCGCGGCAGGAAAAGGGGGGAAAAGCGAGUCGAUCGUCUGGUUGAGGAAAGAAAGCGUGAAAACUUCGACAAUGGCGGCUGAAAGUUCGGAAGCGACGAGUAGCAGCGCGGCCAUCUCAGAGUUCAUCCACACGCCGUUCUACUGUGAGGAGAACAUAUAUUUUCUGUGCAAGAAACUCUGCGAAAAUGGGAAGGCAAAUGCUGAUGGGUCUGAUCUUUUUGUUGUGUUCAUCUCCAAUGAAAAGAAGGCGAUCCCGCUAUGGAAUCAGAAGGCGAGUACACGAGCAGAUGGGGUUGUGCUAUGGGAUUAUCAUGUCAUAUUAAUUCAGAGGAAAAGAGAUGGUGAUGAUGAUGAAACUUCUUCAACUUUGGUAUGGGAUAUGGAUUCCUCUCUUCCGUUUCCUUCACCUCUCGAUUCCUAUCUGUCCGAAACAACGAGGCCAUCCUUUGAGCUCUUCUCUGACUUUCUGAGGUUUUAUCGUGUCGUGCAUGCUCCAGUAUUUCUCCGCGGAUUUGCUUCUGAUAGAAGUCAUAUGAAAGACUCUGCUGGUAAUUGGAAUGCUCAACCUCCUGCAUAUGAACCCAUAACUGCAGAAGAUGGAACUGUUAAUAACCUUAAAGAGUACAUGGAUAUUCAUGCACCAACCGAGACGGUGGCAAUCGACGAGCUGACAAAGAUGGUGUUUAGGCAGGAUCAGAAGCAUGGGGUGGUACUGAAGGAGAGCCAGGUGAAGGAAUUCUUCUCACAACUGAAUGUGACCAAUGCUCCCUCCGAUUAGCAAACACGAACGGUGAAUUCUCGGAUUGCCAGAUCAGCAGGAACCUCAUCAGCUGUUUGAGAAUAUACUGAAACUUUAUGCACGCAUGCUUGACAUUUCCUGUUGCAUUUGCUUGUAUGCUUUGAUUGAUUCGUGAAAAUUGGUAGAAGAUAGAGAAUCUAAUGUUCACUAUUUAGGUCUACAAAAGAUUAGCAAUUUACCUGGUGUCUCAAAGGUUUCCAUCCCCUAUGGUAAACCAUUGGAUUGGAAUGGAUUGGAUUUGACGGAUUAUCUCGAUAUUGUAUAUCUUAUCAUCGUCUAACAAAUAAUUAUUAAAGAAUAUUAUCUAACUAUCACAAAUUCACAAUCACAAAUGAAAUGAUGUAGGUUAGAGAUGAAAAUAACAAACAAUGGUAAAAUGAUUGAGCAACAUGUUGAUCAAAGUUUAUUGGUGGAUUAGAAUGAUGAUCAAAGAAGGAAAAUAGGGGUUAAAAGGCCAACAAGAGGGCUGUAGCCUGUAGGGCCCAUCAAAUAUUCCCUAAAUCUUGGGUUAUCAAAAAGUAAUUAAAUCACAAACUAACUGUACUUAACAGACACUGAAGAGACAAAGAGGAUCGUGGAGUUAGUACUAGCAGGAAAUUGAAAACAACUAUUUAACAACUACUGCGAAAAAAAUGUAUUAAGAAAGUAUACAUUAUUAUUAUAUGUAUAUCUUCUUAAUUUAUAUCAUUAAUUAUGAUAUAAUGACACUUUUCUAACUGUCAUAAAUAAAUAAUGAAGCCACAAGCAUGAA